GGCGUCUCAGGGAGAAAAAUAAUUUUUUGUUUAUUUUUCUGUGACUUGCAAUAUCCAUAAGAUUUGUUUGAUGUAAAAUGAGCAGCUCUAAUUUAGCCGUGGCUACCCUGCCACCCCUUUCUGCAGGGAAAGUUGCAAAAAUUUCACCAAGAAUAGGACAAAGAUUUGAAGGAAUGACUGGACCAUCAUAUAAAAUCAAUAAAUUACAUCAUCCACUACCACCUCCAAAAUCUUUAAAGCCAUAUGUAGAUACAUUUUCUGGUGAGCUUGAUACUUGGCCUGCCCAUGCUGGUAGUCAUGGCUUUUCUUCUACUUCUGCCAUGUUGUCUAAAAAUAAGAGCUUAGUCCUGGUUAGUGAAGAUGAAAUGGGGAAACUACAGAUGAUUCCCAAACCAAGAUUUCUGGAACAAUUAGAGAAUUUUUUAAAGAAAGAAUUGAAGGCUUUAGGUGUAACUGAUGUUACUCCAAGUGAAUUACGUUUACAGGCUCAUAGAGAGGUGUUUGAGUAUCUUAUAGAAGAUUUUAAAACAUAUAAACCUCUAUUAUCUAUUGUUAAAAAUGAAUAUGAAAUGAUGUUAGCACACCAAAGACAACAACUUAGGGAUAUGGAACCAUUGAAACAAAUGUUAGUUACAGUUUCUGAACAAUGUGAUCAGAAAAUCAUGGCAUUAAGAGAGGAAGAGAAAAAAGAAAUGACAGAUUUAAAAGCCCAGAACCGUGGAUUGUUUGGUCAGAUAGCUGCUAUGAAGAAUGAACAUGAAGAUUUAUUAGAACAGAUAGCUAGAUUAAAAGAUAAAUUGAGUGAAGAAUAUCGUAAAUAUAGAGAUGAAUGUGAUGCUAGAAAACUGUUGAUCUCUGACAUUAAUGAUUUACGAUAUCAACAAGAAGAUUAUCUCAUGUCCAAACAAAAUAUGCAGGAAAUUGAGGAAGCUCAGGAAGAUCCUGUCACUCUCAAAAUUGCUCUUAGAAAAGCAAGAGAAGAUGAGAGGGCAGCAACACAAAGAUUAAAUGAAAUGGUAGCUAAUUAUGGUGAUGUUAUACCCAGAAGAGAUUUUGAAGCAUUAGAAGUAAAAUUUAAAAAAAUGGAAGAAGAUAUACAAGUAAAAGAUAAUGAUUUCUAUCAACUUAAAGCAGAGCAUGAUGCCCUACUUAAAGUUCAGGAACAUGUCACUCAACAAAGAGAUGAAUUUUAUCUUGAAUUGGAAACCUUAAAAAGAAGUGCUACACCACGACCUGAGUGGGAUAGAUGUUGUGAAUAUAUUAAUGGUGGUAUUAAUAAAUGGAAUGAACUCUCUGAUGGUAAAAGGAGUAGUGAAAUGUUAGAAAUAUUGUUAUCUGAAAUGGGACAGGGUGGCAUUGUAGACUCCACUGGUGCUGAUUAUUUUGAUGGCCAGGGAACAGGUGCUGAAGUUCCAGUAUAUCUUCAACAUGAAGGACCAGUUAGAAAUAGACGUAUUAGUAAACGUGAUUGUAAUUUACUAAUAAGAGAUAUAUGGAGAGAAAAAUCAGCCAAUGAUGCAGAGAAAACUGAUGGUAUCAGAGACAACAUGGGUGAAUUCUUUAAAAAAUAUCUUGAGAGCAAAUUCCCCUUACACCAGAUGGUUAUAGAAUGGGCAUACAAUCUUCAUGAUGCUUGUCAGAGAUUCAGUAAAGAUGAUAACAUUAGUUUAUUUUAUAAAAUAUUAAGUGGAGAUGUUGAUGAAGAAGUCUAUCAUCGUAAUUUACAAGUGAUUCAUCAUCUAUUAAAUCAUCUAUCUGAACAAGACAGUCAGGGUUCUGGUGUAUUAACUAAAGAAGAAUUUAAAACAGGGCUUAAAGAGUUCAUGUUGGGUAUAGAGGAAGAAGAUAUCAGUUCAUUAUUAAAGGCUGCUGAAACUGAACUAGAAAACAAAGACUCACCAACAAUAGAAUAUAAGAAUCUCUUCACUGAGGAUGAUGAAGGUAAAACAGGGCCAUUCUUGGAGGAAGUUAAAAAAUGGUACGAGAAAGAGAAAGUCUCAUUUAUCAAUGAAAUCAAAGAAAAUGUUGGAGAUGGCAGUCUAGUUGAUGUUGAUACUACUAAGAGAGCAAUAUUACAAGCUGAUAUGGAGAUAAAUACUGAAUUAUUAGAUAAAAUACUAGCCUGGGUUUUUCAGACCAAAGUUGAGAAUGUUUAUGAUGCUUCACCAUUAGAACCAGCUAAAAUAGUGAGCAGAUUACAAACAGCUAACAUCUAUAGAACGGGGAGCCAAUAAAUACAAUGAUUUUUCUCAUUAAUAAGGCCAAAUGUGAAAAAAUGUAUACAAAUUUAUUUCUGUGAGUUAUAUGGCUCAGGUCUAGUUAUAAAAGCGCAUAAGACCCAGUUUAUUAUUUGACUAAGAAAUAUCUGUAAGAAUACAUGUUAGCUAACCAACAUAUAUAACUAAAAUAAGCCAUCUUAAAAAUACAUUCCUGUGAAUUGUGAAUUGUUGAAGGCAAACAUAUCAAUCUUGAUGCCAAAAUAUUGGUUUUAUAUUAUUUUACUAAAAUGUUGGUGGUAUUUGUCCAUUCCUUGUUUUUAUAUGAAAAUAACUUGAAAGUCUGUGAUAUUAUUAUUAUUAUUAUUAUUAUUAUAUACCAUGUUUGAAGAUUGUGAAUUGUUUAAUUAAGCUUAUCUGAUUAAAACACAUUGUAUAAAUGUAAUAUAAUUAUUAAUAAAUUAUUUCAAAUGAU